GUUUUGUUUUUUUGUUUUUGUUUUUGUUUUACCACCGGACUUUUGCUUUUCCAGGUUCCAAAACGCAUCUCCUCCUCCUCCUCCUCCCGUCCGUCUCCUGGGCUUCCUCGUCACGCAACCGAAAGCUAUGAAGAUCACCGCCUUGCUCGUUCUCAAGGCCGCCCCCGAAACAUCGGAUCCAGUCAUCCUCGCAAACGCCUCGGACGUCUCUCACUUUGGCUAUUUCCAGCGAUCCAGCGUCAAGGAGUUCGUCGUCUUCGUCGGCCGAACCGUCGCUAGCCGAACACCUCCUUCCCAGCGCCAGUCCGUCCAGCACGAAGAGUACAAGGUUCAUGCUUACAAUAGGAAUGGGCUUUGUGCGGUGGGAUUCAUGGACGAUCAUUACCCUGUUCGAAGUGCCUUUUCUCUUCUCAAUCAGGUGAUAGAUGAGUACCAGAAGAGUUUUGGUGAGACAUGGAGGUCUGCUAAAGAAGACUCCUCUCAGCCCUGGCCUUACUUAGCCGAAGCUCUUACCAAGUUUCAGGACCCAGCAGAGGCUGAUAAGCUGUUGAAAAUCCAGAGGGAGUUGGAUGAGACCAAGAUUAUCCUUCAUAAGACCAUUGAUAGCGUUCUAGCCCGUGGUGAGAAGCUGGACAGCCUAGUCGAGAAAAGCUCUGAUUUGAGCAUGGCAUCCCAGAUGUUCUACAAGCAAGCAAAGAAAACGAAUUCAUGCUGCACUAUCCUGUGAGCUGCAACUCUCUCUGGAUGUCUUGGGGUAUAUAUAGUCAACCAAACUUUUGCUGGGGGCAGAGGCGAGACUACAGUUUAUCAUCAUUUUAUAUCUAUAUAUUUGAAUCCCUUCUCUCGUUUGCAUGCACUUUGAAACUCAUGUCGUGUGGCGUGUUAUACUCUCUACCAAGAUUAUAUGAUUGCUUUUGUUUAUGUUUUUUAAUGGUAAGAACAUUAAUCACA